AUGGCUUCCACUGCGGUUACUCUAUUGACGGUUCUCGCCGGCCGCGCCUUGGCCAAGACGUACAAGACGCCGACACCUCAAAUGGGAUGGAACAGUUACAACUAUUACAACUGCUACCCAAAUGAAACCAUCAUCAAAGAGAACGCGCAUGCAUUGGUCGACACAGGUCUUGCCGAGGCUGGAUACACCACCGUCACAACGGACUGCGGGUGGCCGGCUACGGAACGGGCAGCCGAUGGGCAGCUCGUGUGGAACCCGGAGCUGUUUCCAUCCGGCGGCGGCAAGGGGCUUGGUGAUUAUAUCCACAAUCUCGGCCUGAAGUUUGGGGUCUACUCUGGCGGUGGCUACUUUCAGUGCGGCUCUACAGACCAGCCUGCCUCUCUGAACCACGAGUUCACUGAUGCCAAAUCAUUCGCCGAGUGGGGCGCAGACUCCCUCAAGUAUGGUCAGAACCUUGUCUCGUUAUCUACAUGUGCUGAUAGUUCGCCCAGAUAUGACAAUUGUUAUGCCGUGGAGCCCGAUGUCAUGGUAGACUAUGUCCACCCAAAAGCCGUUUCUCCGGAUCGUUUCGAGACAAUGGCCGAUGCGCUGAACACGACCGAUCGCGACAUCCUCUAUCAGGUUUGCCAAUGGGGUACCGGAACUGAUCUGGGUAUCUGGGCACCGAAGAUUGGGGGCAACAGCUGGAGAAUCAGCAACGACAUCUACAACGGUUGGCGCAGUAUUUGGCGCAUUACCAACCAAGUCGUUCCCUUUUACAAGCACACCGGCCCGGGUGCUUUCCCUGACAUGGAUAUGUUGCUCAUCGGCCUCAACGCUUUGUCAACCGUAGAGGAAAAGUUUCACAUGGGCAUGUGGGCCAUCAACAAAUCUCCCCUUACCCUGGGUUCUCCCGCAAUCCCUGGACUUAUCCCGGAGUCAUCCCAUGCUAUACUUAUCAACAAGGAAGUCAUUGCCCUUAACCAAGACUCUCUUUCCAAACAGGCUGAACUCAUCCGCCGCUAUACGGAGGAGGAAUGGGACGUCUGGGCCGGCGAACUCUCUGGCUCUCGUCUCGUGGUAGGCCUCGCGAACUGGAAGAAUGACUCUCAGCCCGUCAGCGUCGAUCUCGCCGCAGUUCUGGGCAUUAACUCUGCAAAGGCCCGUGACGUUUGGGCAACAAGUGACAUUGGUACCAUCUCGGGCACCUACGAGACAACUCUUAGUGGUCACGAGCUCAAGUUGCUCGUGCUUUCAGACCUCUCAGAAUCGGAGGCGGUCCAAACGUCGGCCGGGUAUUACACGGCCACUGAUGCCAAACUGACCGGCUCGGCUUCUAAGGUUACCUGCGCGGACGGACAGUGUCUCCCGAGUGUCACAAAGGUGGGGAACAUUGGGUCAGGGGCCGCGGUCAAAUUUGAGGGCAUUUCGGCUAAGUCAGAGGGCAAAACGCUCCUGGGCGUUGACUUCAUCAACUACGACGUGGCGCUCGACUCCGCCUGGGCGUUUGGGUCCAACACCCGCAAUUUGACGAUCUCUGUGAAUGGAGGAAGUGCGAAGCGGUGGGCUUUCCCCAUUUCUGGCGGCAACUGGUUUGAGACUGGACGCUUAUUCGUCGAGGUCGAUGGUUUCAAGGGCAACGCAUCUAACACCGUCGAGUUUAUGUCCUUUGGAAGUGCGUGGGCACCCGACCUGGUUGGCUUGGAAGUUUUUGAGGCCACGAGAAUCUGA